AUGAAUAAUGCCACCCAACAUACAGUUGAUAUUCCCCCAUUCUUAAAAGAAUUCCCCGAAGUUUCUACUUCAGGAGCCUCUAGCAACCAGGAUGAUACAACCGCAGUAGUAACUGGGCCUGCUACUAGAGAACCGUCAAAUUCCCAUUAUACCUUAGCUGAGAUGCUAGAGAGUCCUGAUGCGACUUCACCAUGGAAUGGUGAUCGUGUUGUCUAUAAAUACCGCAAUAUUAUUCGGGACGUCAUUGAGGAGCUUCCUGAAUUCGUGAAAUCUCAUAGUGGUCACUGUUUGACACCUAAUGACAUAUGCAUCGUUAAUGAUCGAGCAAAGAUCAACGUCAGUAUUCCAAAUCCAUCCAAUACAGAGAAUUUGCCAACCUAUAGGAGCCAAUUUAGAUCUUUGGUUACGAGAAUACUUGGGACGGAUAAUAGUACAAGAGUGGAGCUGAAACACUUUUAUCACAAGGUUGACAAAACGGGGGUGGCUUUGGAUGAUUUAUGGCAUCAUCCUCUACUCAUGUCGUCUAAUGAGAGAUUUUAUUUCCCCAUUGAUGCCAUCCUGGAACUUCAAAGUAAGAAAGGGGAUGCUUGGAGGUAUGAAUACAACAACGGCAAGACGAUUAACAUUAAAGCAGCGAUUGAAAAAUCCAAUUGUGAUGAUUUUAAGUCCUUCCAUGCUAAUUCUAUUAAGAAUACUAUAUAUGAAGAUAAUGCACUGGGAGUGCUUAAUUACUCAAGAAACAUAAGCAUUCAUAUCUGGGAAGAACAAAAUACUUUGACAAAGGCUGAAGUGGAAGAAGGGCUUACUUCAUUGUUCCCCGAACGACUCACAUAUUUAUAUGAUUUCUUAUUAUAUAACAUUGGCAUGCGGUUCUUAAGAAAGAGGUAA